AUGUACGGGCUUGUCAUUGAAGGUUUCAAAAGUUAUGUGAGUGACCAGUACUCAGAGAGUAUAUGGGGAGAAAUUCUAAAAGCAUCCGGCUAUGGGUCCUACACGUUUGACAGCAAGCAGGUGUACGACGAGGCCAUUCUGCCAAACCUGUUCACAACCGCAAGUCGAAUGUUGCAAAUUACAGAAGAUGAAAUUAAAUACGCAAUGGGAAAAUCUUUUGUACGAUUUAUGUGCAACAAAGGAUAUGGGGGAAUUUUGCGCGUACUCGGGAGACAACUGAAAGACUUCCUAAAUGGACUAGACAACCUGCAUGAGUUUCUUCGAUGCAGCUAUCCAGAAAUGAAACCUCCUUCGUUCUUUUGCGUCAACGAAAGUCGCUCUGGUAUCACUCUUGAGUACCGCUCACAUAGAGCAGACUAUGUGUCAUUUUUCAUCGGCUACAUGGAAGCAGUAUCACUCACUUUUUUUAAGACGGAAAUGAAAAUCACAGUUAUUGUACCUGCUGAUGAAAAACUUCAGACGGCAACGAUUCUCAGACUACAUUUUGACAACACCUCCUACGUUCGGCCAGCGGAAAAGAAACCUUUGCCAGCCAGGGUGUUCUUUGAAGCAUUUCCGUUCAAUUUUGUGUUCGACAGAGGCAUGAAACUAAUCAAUGUUGGAAGAAGCAUGGCCAAUGCGCUCCCAAACAUUUUGGGAAAAAAGGUGUCAGACGUAUUCCUCGUGAAACGUCCCCUCAUCCAGCUAAAUUGGAACGCUAUCAUGCUUCAUACAAACAAUAUUUUCGAACUCAUCAGUACCAAUUACGCCGCUGUGGACACUGAGAUAGAAGAAUCCGGAAAAGAAAUGACUUGUUUCCCGCAAAAAGGAUGUCUGAGGCUUCGAGGACAAAUGAAGUUUAUGAACGAGUGGGAUGCUAUCGUGUUUAUUGGUACACCAAUAAUGCAAGACGUGGAUGCUAUGUGGGAAGUCGGUCUAUUUUUAAACGACCUUAGCAUGCACGACUCGAGUCGAGAUAUGGUGAUAACCGGGGAGCAACAGGCAGCAGAAUUAAAGUUGGCCUUAGAGCAAGAGAGUGAGAAGAGCAGACGGCUAACGGAAAGUCUGCAUCAUCUGGACGAAGAAAUGAAACGAACUGAUGAACUGCUAUACCAAAUGAUACCAAAAGCUGUCGCUGAAAGGCUACGAAAUGGGGAACCCGCAGUGGCUACUUGUGAAAAGUUUGAGGAGGUCACCUUGCUUUUGAGCGAUGUGGUUGGCUUUACCAAUAUAUGCAGUGGGCUUUCCCCAUUGGAAGUGGUGAAUUUGCUGAACAGGCUGUACUCAUGUUUCGAUGCACUGACGGAAAAGCAUAAAGUAUACAAAGUUGAAACCAUCGGUGAUGCCUACAUAAUCGCCUCUGGCUGUCCCAUAAGGACUAAAUACCACGCUCCUUUCAUCGCCGAAAUGGCACUCGAUAUGGUCAAUUCGGUGCAAACGGUAAAGGAUGAGUCCAAAAACCCACCAGAAAGUUUGAGAAUUCGAAUAGGUAUGCACACAGGGCCUACAGUUGCAGGUGUCGUUGGCGUUAAAAUGCCCAGGUACUGUCUGUUCGGGAGCACCGUCACAACCGUCGAAGUGAUGGAAGCAACUGGUGCCCCACAGAAGAUUCAAGUAAGCGAGACGACUUACGCAAAGCUGAAAGUUUACGGAGUAUACGAUAUGAGCCCCAAGGGUGAUGCACAGCUAAAG